AUGAGCAAUGGCCUGGAGAUCGUGGCUCGAUUGCCAAACCCAAAUGCGGGACCAGCUUUUUACACAAUUGCAUCAGAAGUCGUGACACUCCACUUUUUGCGUGACAAAAUGGGCAUACCUAUCCCUCGCAUCUAUGAUUGGUCGGCCGAGGCAUGCAAUCCAGUAGGUGCCGAGUAUAUUCUCGAAGAAAAGGCUACCGGUCAGCCUCUUGGAAAUGUCUGGGCCAAUCUCACAAUGGCAGCACAAUUGGAUGUCGUGGACCAGGUCGUGGAUAUGGAGAAGAAAAUUGCGUCUAUUUCUUUCCCGAAGCACGGUUGCCUAUACUACGAGAAAGAUCUUAAAUCAAGAUCCUUAGAUUAUGAGGCUCUUGACUCACGGCAUGGUUUUUUUGGAAUCGGCGACGGGUCAAAACGGCCAAGAGCCAGUGUUCGUGAUCGGACCUUCGGCCAAUCCGAAGCUCUGGAACGGGAAAAAGCAGCAAUAGAUUUGGACAGAGGCCCAUUCUCCGGAGCCCUGGAGACACCAAAUGAUUACAUCACCCUUAUCAAGCACCACUUCUUGGCCCUUGCUCCAUAUUUGGCAGCUUCUUCAAAUAUCGAGCAGCCCAACAGGAUUUCUCAUCCAGACGUGCAUCUUGAUAACGUAUUCGUCGACCCAAAGACCAACCGAGUCACUUGCAUAAUAGACUGGCAACAUACUUCUGUUUGUCCGAUAUCUCUGCAACGAUCUUAUCCGCAGAUGCUUGAGCUAUCUAGCUCAUCGCAUUCAGAUCAAAGCAAUCAUGAGAGAAAGCUUCUGGACCAUUACUACAAUGCGGACAAGAAAAGCGAUCCUCCCCGAUGGGAAGUUCUCUCGGAUCACCUCCUCACGGCUAAGACAAAUUCAUUUGUUUUGGUCCCUGGAUGCUGGCUCCGAGAAGACUUAUUCUCUCUACGCUAUGCAUUGAUCGCAGUCCCCGCUCGUUGGAGUGACAUGGGAUACGAGGAAGUACCAUGCCCAGUUCAUUUCAGCGAAGAAGAGCUGUUAAAACACCAACAUGAGAUGGACCUUCUGGACGGGAUUUCGACGGUCCUACACGAGCUACAAGACACAGGGCUUAUUCCGCUGGGCGGUAUGGUACGCCGGGAGUAUUAUGAGCAUGCUAUGGAGUUGAAUGAUUAUUCCAGGCGCCUGUUUAUUGACUUGGCUGAGAACGAGCGCCAGCGGGAAUUACACGCAAAAGUAUGGCCCUAUCAAUAG